AUUGAAAAGUUCCAUUGUAAAGUUCAGAGGUCAUACGUCUGUCUGUGUGGACUGAAUUAGAAUGUUUUUGUUUGGAAAUUCACAUGGCCUUUCAUUGAAGAACGGCGAACAAAGUUAGCCCCAUGGAGUGUAGGGAGGUGCUUGAAGAGCAAGGGUCUACAAUGGAGCCAUCGGUUUGUGUUUCUGGAGGUAAGAAAGACGCAGUUUCAUCAAGCGAAUUUGAAGAUCUGAGCGUCCCCCCUCCUUCCAAGAUGGCCUCCACAAAUUCGCAUGGACUUGCCCAAACAACAGAUCCUGACGAAGGUGGUCCCCAGCAGAAGCGGAGAAAGAUCACCAUGGACCCAGGAGCUUGCCUUGAAUAUUCCAACUCAGAAGUAGGUGCGAAUCCUCUCAAAAAUCCUCUCUCUGUGAAAAAGAGUAGCAGGAACAUAAAUGAUAUCCUGAUGCCAAGAAACCCAAAGGGCGAAAAUAACAGAAAAUUGCCCAAAAGUUCAGGCAGGGUGUUCACAAAUACGAGGUUUAGAACGGCCAGUACCUUUCCUUCAACGAAACCCAGGGGUGCUUCGACUCAAAAUGGGAACUUGGGAAUGAAUAGAACCAUGGAUAGCUAUUUCAUUCAGGACUCCAGAAAUCCCAAGGUGCCAUGCACAUCUUCUCCAGACAAGGAUGCACAGAGUAUGAAGACACAGAAUCUUAAGAGGCCAGCGACACAAAAGACAUCAACAGUAACAACUACAUGUCUACGGACACCAACAAAGAAUAGUGUGCCAUUUUCCAUGUCUUCUCCAAGCUGUAGAUCUCAGACUCAGAGGGCCAGCCCUGGUUCUCUAAGGGUUAGUCCUGGUUCAAGGGUUUUCAAAUGGCCGGCUAAGAAAUCGUCUGUAGCAAUCACAACUUCACCUGACGCUACCACACAUGUAUUCGUGUCUAGUCCGGAUAAGGGCACUGUCAGUUCAUCUUCAUGGUCGCAAAGUAGCACAGAGUCUUCCACAUCUGGGCAGAUGUCUACAACAAGCAAUUCCUCCUCACCAAGUGAUGGAAGCUUGGGCCACGUUGUACGGAACAUAUUCGGAAAGGCAGCCGCUGAUACAAGCUGUAGUUCUAAAGACGGCGCGACGGAGAUGACAUCAGUACGACCACAGGUAGAGGGCGCCACUGAGGAGGAUCCACCGUUGCCAUCUCUGGAUGAUUCAGAGCUAGACAAGUUGCUGGCCAACUACGACAUGGACCAGUGUACGUCACAGGAACGUCCAGACGACAGCAACAGGUUCGGCCUCUUCGGAGUUUCCUCUGGUUGUCAUGGCAACGAUGAGGACAGCUCGGACAGCGUUAGUGAGGAGUUACCAAACCUGUUUCAGAUGUUGCCAGAGGAGUUGUUGGAGAACAUCUUCUGCCAGAUGCCCAUGUUAGACCUGUGUCUGCACCUGAGUUUGGUGUGCCACCAGUGGAGGGACAUUAUACAGAGGGACACAUUCAUUCCAUGGAAGAAGAAGUACCACAAGCUGAAGCAGGGGUGUCCUGAAACAGUCCAGGAGGUGAACAGUCUGAUGGGAAAACACAACAUCACCACUGCUAAAGAUGGCUGUCUGCUUCAGCUCAUCAGGUACAUGUCGAGCUGGCAGAAGCGUGAGGAGGCGGCCAUCUUGGACCGGCUGCAGGCCCACCCCCUGGCUGGUGCAGCUCAGGACCUCAUCAGGACCAGGGCUGCAGACUGUCUCAUAGAUGGGGCAUGUCCAGCUUGGUCAGUGGUGGCAGCUGUUGUUAUCCUGUCCUCAUCGGUCAACGAUAUUCAGACCCUCCUGCGUUUGCUGACCCGCCACCCCACCCCCUGUAUGAUAGUGGACGUGCUGGAGGGGCUAUACUGUAUCGCUACUCUCCUGUUUGCACUACGGACACACUUCAACAUCAACCUAGGUCUCCACUACCGACUGUACUACACCUUGUACCUGUACGAGAAUGCGUCCUCCGUCUCCUGCGGCCAGCUGACAACUCUUCAGGGGAAGCGCAGAGGUCAACAGAGCAUGAUGAGAUACAGAUCUGCAAAGGACCGAGUGCGCCUGUCUCACGAGCAACUGCGGAUUAUCAACCAUGAGCUCAAGCCCAGAGAAACCAUCAAGAUUAUUGCAUUUGCAGGCACUGGCAAGACAACCACAUUGUUGGAGUACACAAAACUUCGUCCCCACCUUAAGUUCCUUAUGCUUGCCUACAACAAGUCUGUCCAGGAGCAUGCCAAUAAGCUGUUCCCAGGAAAUGUAGAGUGCAAGACAAUCCACAAACUGGCAUAUGAUGCCUGUGGAAAGAGAUUUGAAAAGAAGUUGACGCUUAAUAUAAAGACUGACAUGUUGGCCAGGAACCUCCGAAAGCACAGCAGGUAUAAUUACGUGUUUGCAAAGUACGUCGUGGACACCCUGUCGGCGUACAUCGCCUCUGCGGAGGACGAGGUUACGACUGCCCAUGUUCCCGAGACCAAGCCUGGACGUGGUGGGACCAACAUACCAAUCCCUCACCAGGAGAAAAUGGAAAUAGCAGAAGAGGCCCAGCUGAUUUGGGAGAAGAUGUGCGACCCAUGGGAUCGUAGCGUCUUUAUGAGUUGUGAUGGUUACUUGAAGCUGUACCAGCUGAGUCGCCCAGAGUUCACAGAGUUUGACUGUAUCCUGAUAGACGAGGCUCAGGACCUGACUCCAGCCAUCAAUGACAUCAUGUUAAGGCAGGAUGUGGCUAAGAUCCUGGUGGGAGACCCUCACCAACAGAUCUAUACCUUCCGCGGGGCCAGGAACGCCAUGCAAGGAACAGCAUCCACACAUACAUAUUAUCUCACUCAGUCCUUCAGAUUUGGCCCUGAGAUAGCGUAUGUUGCUGCCUGUCUGUUGGACGUGUUGAAAGGGGUGAAAAAGAAGACAUUGUUGGGCAGCAGUAAGACAGGUAACGUGAUGGGAACCAAGCAGGGACAGGAAGCAGUCAUCUGUCGUAUGAACUCCACUCUCUUCAACGAGGCUGUACGACUCACGGACCCCAGCAGGCCUCGUGUCAGCAUCUCAUUUGUUGGCGGCAUCAAAGGGUGUCAACUAGGCAGAAUUCUGGACAUUUACCACCUGUCCCUGACAGAAGAACAGAGGCGGAAAGCAAAUGUAACUGUCAAGGACAAGUUCAUUAAGAACUUUAAGAGCUUAUGGAGCCUGAAAGAGUUUGCAGAGAAGGCACAGGACGUGGAGAUGUCUGGAAAGAUCCGAGUUGUGGAGACACACCGUCACAACAUUCCCAAAUAUAUCAAACGGAUCAAGGAAAGGGCAACUGACGACAUAAAGAUGGCAGAUGUAGUCCUAACCUCAGCACACAAAGCCAAGGGUCUGGAGUUUGACACUGUGAGACUGGCUGAUGACUUCUGUGGGGCAUCUAAUCCUAUGGCACCAGACUCAUGGGAUGCCAUGGCAGAGGAUGAGAAGAACCUCCUGUAUGUGGCCGCCACACGGGCCAAGAAGAGCCUACUCCUGACCAGUACAGUCAUGCUGGCCCUGAAGGAUGUGCAGGAACAGUUCAUCUACCCUGAGCUGACGCAGGACCUGGUGAACAAAGGUGUUCCCCUCACCUGUACCCUACCCAGGUGUGGACAGGCCAUACCUGCUGACAACCUCCUCACCAUGAACAGGAGGAUGGUCACUUAUGGCACUGGACAUGAGACCCCCAGUGGUCCCCUGUGUCCCAAGUGCAGCAAGGUGCCAGCCCCAGGGUUCAGGAACCUGCUGUCCGAGCCCUGCCCAGGGGAGGGGGGUGAUGAGGAAGAAGAACAGGAAGAUGACAGUGAUGAUAACAUGGAUGUCCUUUUCCUCGCCGUCCACUAUAAUCCCUUCUUUAACCUUUGAAACUAUUGAUAACUGUAUAAAAGACAUACACUGAUACAGUCAUAUGUAUCACUGUCUAACUUUGUAUGUAUAGUAGUUGUAUUUAUUUUCACUCCACCAUACCGUCCAUUUUUGCAUAAGGAGGAGGGUGGAGUGAAAAUCGCUGAAUUUGCUCAUAAGCAAAUAACGACCUUUCUAGUGUUGAGGUUAGUUUUUAAUAUAUCUCCUUAGCAGUAGAUUUUUCCUUGCCAACUAAAAGUAAUGUUAUUAUGAUAGUUGUUGGCUGUGUUGGCAAACAAACGAAUACCUUUAUAUCAAGUUGAGCGGGGAAUAACGUUUCCCGUUAUUUUAAAACUUCACGCCCUUCUCUUUGAAGAUUGCACACAAAAAGCUUUGUUCGAAAUGCUAACUUAAUAACUGUCUAUUUAAAACAUGUUUAAAAACUUUGCUACAUAUAUGUAAUAUGUGGAGUUCAAAAACAUACGUAUGUACCAAUGUGAAAUUAUUACUGUAACCAAUUGCUUGUUUAGAAACUACAUAUACUUCAUUUAGCAUUUUCGUAACAUAAGUGCACACAUAACUCACACAGCUGGACGGCAUUCUGCAAAUGUUACUGUUACAAAUCACCCGGUAGAUUUUUCCACAAUCGUAGGUCCUAGCUACUUGUUAAAGCAAGAAGUUGACUUAGUGCAUCCACAAGUGCACACAUUAAGUCAGAGUAGACAGUGCCUGUGCAACUUUUAUCCCAUCUGUCCAGACGUGACCUAAUUGUAAGAACAAAUUUCGCCGUACUCACUUCUCGUUAUAGGCUCGUCGUAACAUUAUGUCGAAAUACAGUCUCUUUUUUCCAUAUAUCCUACAGAGUGUUAUAUCAACAGUAAAAGCUUCGUUCCACCU